AUGAGCUCAUCAAGCCGUGAAGGACGGAGACAUGCAUGUUUUUCGACAUCUCAGUUAAACGUAAUUGAACUGUCUUCUUUUUACUCCAUCCAAGAUACGGCAUUCCUCUACAACAAUGAAGCUUUGAUCGGGAAGGUCCUUAAAGAUUAUAUCGCAAGUGGAAAAGCGAAAAGAGAGGACAUCUUUAUAACAACGAAGCUCCCCUUCACAGCACACGAUCCUAAAGAUGUGGAAGAUUGCGUCAAUCUACAACUAAAAGCCCUUCAAGUCGACUACAUCGAUCUCUACUUAAUGCAUUGCCCAAUGCCUCUAAAGGUGACGUUUUCUAUGAGCCUUAAAAAUCGUGGAUGGCUAGUUUUAGAUCAGAAGAACCGCUUGAGCUUGAAGGGGAAGGCAGACGACAGUUUCGCGCCGGCCUUAGAAAACGGUAUGCAAAUACCUGCCAUAGGCUUAUCAAACUUCAAUACUACACAGUUACAGAACGUUUAUGAUCAUGCACGUAUCAAGCCCGCAAAUUUACAGGUUGAGUGUCAUGUGUACUGGCCACAAACAGAGCUUUAUGAACUUUGCAAGAAGCUGAACAUUUCAUUCACCGCCUAUGCACCUUUGGGUUCUCGAGGAAGAAAU